AUGGCGACCGCGCCGUCCCUGUCGCCGAUCCCCGAGCCUGCCAACGAGGGGAUCGUGGAGGCGGUGGAGAUUGCGGAGAGCGGCAGCGGCUUCGAGGAGGGGGAGGUGGAGGCCUGCGAGAUGCCCGACCGGUCGCUGGAGAACGGCCUGCAGCCGGAGCGGCCGCUGGAGGAGGGCGCCUGCGUGUGCUUCUUCACGCCCCGCGGGCAGCUCAUGGUGGUGCGGCCCAACGGCAGGUUCUGGGAGCUGCACCCCAUCACCGUGGGGCAUACAUCAUACGACGCCGACGGGAACCAGCGCCUGGUGUUCUACCCGCCGGAGGCCACCUUCACGGUGAUGAAGAGGGGACGACACGUGGGCUUCAGCUCCUUGGCGUGA